AUGACUGAACAGGACACCCUUCAGUUUUCCCGCCUUGAGGCUUCUUUCAAUCAUGCCAAAGUGCUACCGCGGCAGAACUCGCUGGAGAUGAAAGAUGUUAAUCGCCAUGCUCAGGCUGGUGAUCUGAAUUCGAACGAUUUAGAUUUCGACCUCGCCCUGGACCGCGAUGACUAUCCGAUCGAUAGCCUUGAGUCACUUCAAGAUGUCUUCUCCGCUGCACAGCAUCAUAAGCACUUUUCAAACAAGAGAAACUUCUCUGACAUUUCGUUUAUUAAGUGUUUUGACUCGGAUGGGAAUAAAUCAAUAUGGCGUCUUCUGGAUACUGACAUCAACCCGUUAUUCAUCAUGAACAUGCUGGGACGGCCCGAUUACUGGGCCCCGCAAACUCGAUGGGAAACGGACGAAAAUGGCGGUUUUUUAGCCUGUGACUUUUUCUGUCAGCAUCCACGUUGGAACCUGCACUUCCAAGGUGCACCUCUUUCGGUGUGCAUGCGCUAUAAUAGUGUCUUGAACCUCACGACAUAUAUUAUCUCCCACAAGGAGGGUGAUUCUAGCAUACGUGUUUUAUGCGACAUUCUAGACACCACCGUGGAAACAUCUAAUGCUAGCCGAAGGGCUAGCAUAUUCCUCAGAGACCCCUUUGACAUUGCCGUGAUACUUUCGACAUUAUCUUUCGAGGCUGCGAAAUUUCAUGCACAAAAGUUCCGACGCUUCAUGUGGACUCAGGUUAACAAAGUCGACGACCACCUAGCGGGCUUGGAAGAUAGCGACAGACGCCAACUGAGUGAUUUGACAAAACAGCUGCAAAUAAUAUCCCAAAACGCGGACUCCCACAUUGGGAAUGCAGAUGUUUCUAUCAUAACCGCGACAGCGAUACGUACCGUCCAUGACCGUUUACACAAGGCUAUAUCCAGCCCCAAACAGAUUCACGAACGAGCAGCGGAUUCAAUUACUUACGUGAUUGAAUCCAUGCAGAAGCAAAAAAUAUGGUUUUUGAACUACAAGAACCGCAAAGAUAGCACUAUGGCCCUAGUGUACAACCUCGUGACACAGCAGGAUGCCGCCAGUAAUAUACAGAUCGCUUCUAGCAUGAAGCGAGACAGCACGAGCAUGAAUGCAAUUGCUGCGAUGACUAUGGCAUUUCUCCCGGGGACAUUUAUAGCAACAAUCUUAGAUGCUGGUAUAUUCGUUGCGGCGGAAAACAGUUGGCAUAUCCAUGUCACAGGAUUAUGGUGGCUCUGGAUAGUGUUUACAAUUCCUCUUACAUUGUUAGUUAUCGUAUGUUGGUGGUGGUACAAGAAGCGGAAGGCAAAAGUGCGUCUGGCACCUAAAGUUAAUGCAGACGACGGACACACUGGGCCAUCUACGAAGAGCACGCCGAUUCUUAAUUCUUUCCGCUCAUGGAGUCGGAACAAUAGCGUCGCAACCAAGGUUUGA